AUGUUGAAUUUUUAAUAACCAUCACUUCAACCUCAGAAUACAACUUAGAAUAACUUAUAAUUCAUCUAUAAUGAAGUGUUAUAAAUGUAAUAAAUUAAUGAAACAUUAAAAUAACAUUAAAACACAACAUCAGCUGAAUUAGAAGCACUAAAAGGUAAAUUAGAAUAAAACAAAACACAUUUAACUUAAGCCAUAUUUUAAAAAACAGGUUAAGAUAAAACAAAACCAAAUUAAGUUUAAAAUGUUGGAGAAUUUCAAGGUUAUGUUGGUUAAGUAAUUUUAUAUAUUUAUUAUACAAUAGUUAGAAUAAUCAAUGGGAGGAUAAUUAAAAUAAAUUAGAGAUAAAAAUUAACUCAUUAUUUAAGAAUUAAUUAAAGCACAUAAAUUGUUAGAAAAAUAUGCAAUAUCUAAAAGAAAACUUAACAAAAAUUCAGCUAAAGAAUUAGGUCUAAUUUAAGAUAUAGAAGAAUUAAGAGAUAGAGCAUCUAUUAUAUUUAAUCGUCUAGAAGAAGUAUUAUUAUAUAUAAAUCAUCCUAGCAUGAAAACAAAGUAUAAUUCUCAGAAGAAUAUACUGAUUUAUCAAAAAAUCCAAGAAUUAUAGAUUUUAAUGAAUAAUCCAUAGAACUUAUUAAAGAAUUAAAAAAAGAUUAUAUAGCAAGUAAGAUAACCUUAGAUAAAAGCUAACACAAUAUUAAAAGUAUGCUUGAAAAUCUAAAUGACACAAAUAAAUAAACAAAAUGA